AUGAGGGCUAAGCUUUUGCAUUUUGGUGGCAAACAACUGCAGAGGGUGUAUGAAAAUUUGCCCGAUGUCGAUAAACAGCCUCUUAUUUCUAUUAAAGCGAAUUGGUACGAUAUUGCAAUCUCUAAGUUAGACGAAUAUUUCGAGCCAGGACGUCAGUUCAUUUUGGAACGAUGUCGUUUACGCAAGCUUCGUCAGGAAAAAGAUGAGCGGUUUGCUCAUUUUGUUCUCCGAAUCCGACAGCAACUAGCUGAUUGCGGUUUAGAGAAAUAUAACGCUGAUAUUCGAGAAGUACUUACCGAAUUAUUUGUCAUCGACGUGAUUGUAGAAGGUUGUGUAUCAGAAGAACUUCGACGGCGAAUCUUACAGAAAGAUGUUACACUAGCGGAAGUUGAAGCAAUGGGAGCGAUGAUGGAAGGAGUAGAGCAACAAGUUGUUGACUUAACUACUCUUAACGCGAAAGAUUCACUGUCAGAAAAAGUUUUUCGUGUGGAGGCUCGUCAAGGUACAAGUCGUCGUAUACCUGUCAAUAAUAAAGAUCAAAAUAAUCCGGACAUCACUUGCUUCAACUGUGGUGCCAAGGGACACAUUGCUACGUCUGUUAAAUGCAAAGCCCGAGACCAAAAGUGUCGGUGGUGUAAAAAACUGGGUCAUUUCGAAGCAUCUUGUCGGAAACGUUCAUCAUCCAGGGCUCCACCGUCUUAUUCAAAUAAAAAGCCGAGAAAUGUGCGCCUGGUUGAAAUCGAUGAACAGGAAGCGAAUGUUGAUCAACCUUCUAUUGAAAAACCGAAUUCUAAUCCUAAAUCGUAUUAUUGCUUCCAUUUCGGAAAUGAAUCAAACAUUCUUGCUUGCGUUAUCGGAGGUGUUCGUUUAGAAAUGUUGGUCGAUUCUGGCUCGGAUGUAAAUAUAAUUCAUUCGUUGGCUUGGGAACAACUAAAACGAGAAGGAAUAAAGGUGCAUAAUAUGAGAAAAGGCUGUCGAGAAGUGAUCAAGGGAUAUGGAAGCAACGUACCUUUGCGUAUACUGGGAACAUUCAGCAGUGAUAUUAAAAUUGGAAUGCAGCAAGAAGUGGCCACAUUUUUUGUCGUCGAGGAAGGCCAGCGCUGUAUCCUUGGAGAUGCUACUGCAAAAGCACUUGGUGUGCUGAAAAUCGGGACCGAAAUCAAUCAUCUGACCAAACCGGAUCGACAAACUCCUUUCGGCAAAAUUAAGGACGUCCAGGUGCAAAUUCAUAUGGAUCCCACAUUCAAACCGGUGUUCCAGCCAGUACGACGCGUUCCACUUCCGUAUGAAUCUGCAGUGAACACUAAGCUGGAUAAGUUGUUGGAGCAGGACAUAAUUGAGGUGAAAACGGGUCCAACAACUUGGGUGUCACCGCUAGUCGUAGUCGGUAAAGCUAAUGGUGAACCCAGAAUUUGUUUAGAUUUGAGGCGAGUAAAUGAGGCUGUAAUGCGAGAACGCCAUCCAAUGCCAGUAGUGGACGAAUUACUCGCACGGAUAGGAAAAGGAUUGAUACGAAGUAGACUUGAUAUUCGAGAUGCGUUUUUACAAACGGAACUAGCUCCUGCGUCUCGAGAUAUUACAACAUUUAUCACGAGUCGUGGACUUUUCCGAUUUAAAAGGCUUCCGUUUGGAUUGGUGUCGGCUCCUGAAAUUUUUCAAAAAGUGAUGGAAGAAAUUUUAGCUGGAUGUGAAGGCACGGUGUGCUAUUUAGAUGACAUAUACGUGGAGGGCGAGAACUUAGAACAACACAAUGCUCGAUUAAAUGCUGUUUAUGAACGUUUGCAAAGUCGUGGUGUAGUUCUUAAUCACGAUAAAUGUGUCAUUGGAGUUGCUGAAGUACAAUUUCUGGGACACAUUAUUUCUGCAGCUGGUAUCCGUCCUUCACCAUCUAAAAUUCAAGCACUGGUUUCGAUCCGUCCACCGGUUAAUUCAACGGAAGUGAAAAGCUUUUUGGGGCUUGCAAAUUAUAUGAAUAAAUUCAUCAAUAAUUUGGCAACCUUAGAUGAACCUUUGAGAAAGCUUACUGAACAGACUGAAAAAUUUAAUUGGAGAGAAGAGCACCAACAGUCAUUUGAUGCGAUCAAGGAAGCCCUUUCGAACUCUGCGAGUCUAGGAUAUUUCAAUAGCAAGGAUCAUACAUCAGUGAUAGUAGAUGCUAGCCCGUCUGCUUUGGGUGCUAUAUUGGUGCAAACCAAUGGAGAUGAAGAUCAUCGUGUUAUAUGCUAUGCAUCAAAAUCUCUCACUAAAACGGAAAAACGGUACUGCCAAACGGAGAAGGAGGCUUUGGCUGCAGUUUGGGGAGUCGAGAGAUUUCAGAUGUACCUUCUUGGUAAGGAAUUCGAUCUAGUUACUGACUGCAAAGCAUUGCAAUAUCUAUUUACACCACGCUCUAAGCCCUGUGCCCGUAUAGAAAGGUGGGUGCUUAGGCUCCAGGCUUUCGAUUAUAAAAUAAAACACAUAGCGGGUGAAAAGAAUGUCUCAGACGUUCUUUCUCGUUUAUCCACCUUAGAGGCAAAGCCUUUCGACUAUUCGGAAGAGCUUUUCGUAAACGAAAUUGCGAGUGCAGCUGCGAAUAAUGCAGCUAUUAGAUGGGAAGAACUUGAAAUAAUAUACAGACAAGAUGAUGAAAUAAUCCAACUUCUUGAGACGAUUUCUAAUAACCGUUUGUUUGAUCUGCCGAUUGAAUAUCGUGUUAUUGCUCAAGAGCUAUGCCAGGUUGGAAAUAUAUUGAUGCGUGGUGACAGAAUCGUUAUUCCAAAGUGUCUACGGGAGAAGGUGCUAGCUUUAGCGCAUGAGGGUCACCCAGGAAUACAAAUGAUGAAAAAUCAAUUACGAGCGUCCGUAUGGUGGCCUAAGAUUGAUAUGGACGUUGAAACUUAUGUGAAGAAAUGUCGUGGAUGUACUCUAGUUUCGGCUCCAAGUCUUCCAGAACCUAUGGUACGACAUAAUCUACCUUCUGGACCGUGGGAAGACCUGGCAAUAGAUUUUUUGGGGCCAUUACCUGAGGGACAAUUCUUGUUGGUAGUUAUAGAUUACUACAGCAGAUAUUUCGAAGUAUGUGAGAUGAGUAACAUAACUGCUGAGAGUACUAUUGAGGAAUUAAGAGUAAUUUUUAGUCGUUUUGGUAUCCCUAUUACUCUUACCGCAGACAAUGCUCCCCAGUUAAGCGAGGAUUGUGAAGAAUUUUCAACUUUUUGUAAAAGCUAUGGCGUCAAACUUAUAAAUACUGUACCAUACUGGCCGCAGAUGAACGGCGAAGUUGAGCGUCAGAACCGGACAAUACUGAAAAGGCUUCAAAUUGCACAGGAGCUUGGACAAGAUUGGAGGAUUGAGCUUCAGAAAUUUCUGCUGACGUAUCGAACUUCGGCUCAUUCUACAACUGGUCGAUCGCCGGCGGAAAUGAUGUUUGGUCGUAAAAUUCGCAACAAGCUUCCAAAAUUGACAGCAUCCAGACCAAAUGAUGAAGAAACCAGAGACCGCGAUUGUAUCCAAAAGGAAAAGGGGCGAGAGUAUGGUGAUAAAAAACGAAGAGCAAGAGUUAGUGAUAUAUCUGUGGGCGAUUAUGUAUUGUUGAAACGAAUGAGAAAAGAUAACAAGCUAAGUACAGAAUACAUAAACGAAGAGUUUGUUGUAUUGAACAAACGAGGAGCGGAUAUAACUGUGAAAUCUAUAAUCACGGGUAAGGAAUACAGAAGAAAUUCAGCACAUGUAAAGAAAAUCGAAAAAACAAAUAUACCAUCAAGCGAAAGUACGGAAGACACGGACAGGCAGGAGAUCUCAGAUGAAUCUAGCACAAACAUGACGCAUAAUCAAAGCGCUCCAGGAACAUCUUCAGAGCAUCUUCAAAAGCGUAAGUCCAAGGAGCCUGCUUGGUUUGAAAGUUAUGUGCCUCAUUACGUCAAGAAGUGUUAA